AAAUUUGAAUUGAUUGAUAGUCAAUCAAUACUUUUCUAGCAUAACUCUGAAUCAUUCGAUACGGCCAUGUACGUGUAUAUUAUGAAAGUUAUCUUGAAACACAGACAAUGACUUGCUGAUCUAUUGUUGAUUAUAACGAUAUUGGGAGGAAAAACCCAAAGCACAAGAAACAUCCAUAAUGGUAACUCUGAAUAGACAUCGCAAAAUAAUUAUCUACGCCUGUCUCUUCUCUGUUGCCAUUUUACUAAGUUACCAAAUUUAUAUACCGAUUUCAGAAAGUUACUCUGCAAAGGAAACUAUGAAAAAACUGGAAGGAAGCAACGAAAAUAUAUCCAUCACCAAUUCAUCUACUUACAAAACUAAAUCAUGGCCAAGGCACAUCACACACACACAUUACCCUUUAACUAUAUCAAGCCCUUACGUUAUAAAUAGCCCCAACGUGUGCAAAAAUGUUAAAAAUCUGGCAUUUAUAACAAUAGUCCACACAGCUACCGACCAUUUCCAGCGUAGACGCAUCAUUAGAGAAACGUGGGCUAAUAAAAACUUGUUUAAAUCUAUAUCAACCCGGAUCGUAUUUGUUUUUGGCUUAACUAAAGAUACAAAUGUACAGGCGUUACUGGAGAAUGAACAAGUUAUACACGGUGAUAUUAUUCAGGGAGAUUUUCUCGAUCAUUAUCAUAAUCUAACACACAAGGGUGUCUUAGCCUUUAGAUGGGUUUCUGAAUACUGUAGUCAUGCCAAAGUAAUUGUUAAAGUUGAUGAUGAUAUUUUCAUGAACCCUUUUCUGUUGAUACAAAAUAUAUUACCAAGAUAUAAGAAUGUGACAAGAUUUAUAAUGGGUCAUCUUCGCCGCCAGGGUACGAGUUGGAUUAUGCGCGGCGAGACCGAUAAAUGGAAUGUUCAUAAAGGACAAUUUCAAGGUUAUAUAUAUUACCCAGUGCCUUACCCUAACGGAUACUUUGUGCUCAUCUCUCCCGAGAUUAUUUCUGCUUUAUACCAUGCGUCAGCCUUAACACCAUUUUUCUGGGUAGAUGAUGUGUAUCUUUAUGGUUUGUUACCUUUUAUGAUAGGCCACGUGGUGCACACAGACAUACGCGAGUACCUGUCGUUAAGUUCAAGGGAGGGUAAACUCUGCUAUAAGAAUCCGAAAUCCUGCAACCUAUUAGCUGUCAACGCAGGGAAACCAGAGUCAGUGGAAGAGAUGUGGAUGCAAAUUUUGAAAAACUUAUCAGAGCAACAAAAGGCGCUGAUAAAUAGUGAUUUUAUUAUAACCCGAAAAUGAUGUAGUCUCAAUGUAUAUGUUUUGCUUUAAUGUUAUUCUCGUAUUAAAAUUAAAUACAGUGCAGUACGGGCUGAUCAAUUCGGCUUAUUUCUCAUGAGACAUAUACCCCCACAAACCACAUCCCGAAUGGGUUUAAAUUCCAGCACAAGGUUACUCGACAAUCCUAUUUCGCUUCUGCUGGCCAAGCUGUCUAAGAAGGACUUUCAAUAAAAUUUUCGACGACUCUCCCUGAACUUCGUGAUGGUUGUUUGGAUGGUGUCUGUUCAGAUUUGUUUAAUGUAGCUGAUCGGCGGCGCCAUUAACGAUGGUCAUAGGGGCACAUUUAUGCGGCUAUAGGUAAACGGAUUGAUGGGUUUCGGCAAAUUUGUAGGUAGGGUGCUUUUAUAAAAUAAAGUGGCCGACCUAAAAAAAUUGGGUACAUUAGACAUUUUGUACUUCCCCUGAACUAGGAAUAGGUAGAGCGAAGGACCAAAUGUAUAUUAUUUUUCUCUUGGAAUCCUGUGCCGGCUGAUUUCUGUCCCAGUGUUUGACUGGUUAACAACCAAUCCAUUACAGUGUAACAAAUUGAUCGUGUUUAUCCAACGAAAUUAAUUAUGAGCGGUUAACGAGAGAAUAGCAGAAGAUUGCAUAAAAACUAAUUGUGUCAUAAACUAGGCUAUCCAAAAUAACUGCAAACGUAAACAUAGGGUAAUCGCCUAAUGUAGAACCUUUUUAUCAACUGUUAAGACUAACCAGCAGACGAACAAUAUUUUCAGUGUUUUUUGAAACAUUAAAUCAACUGUCCGAAUUUUAGGAAAGAUCCAAGAUUAA